AUGGGUUUGUUUUUCAGAUUAAUUUUUUUGACCUUCUUGCAUGCAAGGAAUUCUCUGUAUUACCUCAAAAUGAAGAAAAUUAAGGGUAUUAUAAUGGAGGGAAAAAAGUGGAACCUGUGCAAGAAAUUCUGUUUUUUGCUGCCAUUAAUAUGUUUUGCAGGAUUAGUGGUUGCUAAGCAAGGGACAGGAAUAAAUCUCCAGGUAAAGAAAGGUUUACCCUUCAAGAUCGCACUGUUUGCAGACUUGCAUUUUGGUGAAGAUGCUUGGACUUCUUGGGGCCCACUCCAGGAUGAUCAUUCAACCGAAGUUAUGUCUUUUAUCCUUGAUCAAGAGAAACCAGACUUGGUUAUAUAUCUAGGAGAUAUCAUUACAGCUGAUAACAUAGCCGUAGCAAAUGCAAGUCUGUAUUGGGCUCAAGCACUCUCGCCCAUCAAGCAAAGGUGCAUUCCUUGGGCUAGUACUUUCGGUAACCAUGAUGACGCUUCAUUUGUGUGGCCACCGGAAUGGUUUUCAGAUAGCGGCAUUCCUCCUCUGAAAUGCUCAUCAGUAAAUUUAUCGGCUUCAGAGGGGGCUAAUUGCAGCUUCAUGGACACAACACGUCUACAGUUGAUGGAUCAUGACAUAACAAGUAGCGCGUUAUCAUUUUCAGAGAGUGGUCCGAGAGCACUAUGGCCAAGUGUGUCCAAUUACAUCCUAGAUAUAUCAUCAGAAGAUUCGGAAACCCCAGUAGCAUACCUUUAUUUUCUAGAUUCCGGAGGGGGAUCUUAUCCAGAAGUCAUAUCGACUGCACAAGUUAAAUGGUUUAACAGCACAUCCCAGAAAAUCAACCCAGACUCGAGGGUGCCUGAGAUCGUCUUUUGGCACAUUCCUAGUAAAGCUUACAAUACCGUGGCACCUUCUGAUGCGAUAAAGAAACCUUGUGUAGGAUCCAUAAAUAAAGAGAAUGUUGCUCCUCAGGAAGCAGAAUACGGGAUCAUGAAGGCCUUAGAAGCUCGACCUUCAGUUCAGGCGGUGUUUGUGGGGCACAACCAUGGACUAGACUGGUGCUGUCCUUACAAAACGUUCUGGCUUUGCUUUGCGCGGCACUCUGGUUAUGGUGGUUAUGGAGAUUGGCCUAGAGGAGCUCGAAUUCUCGAGAUCACCGAGAAACCUUUCACCCUCAAAUCAUGGAUUAUGAUGGAGAAUGGUGAUGUUCAUAGUCACAUUCACUUAAGUCAUGCUAUAUGAUACUUGAGCAGUUCUUUCUGUAGUGUAUAAAUCAUCUAAGAUCAAAUUUUUAAAAAUUGUUGAUUUUCCAGAUUUGAGUAUUAUCUAGUUCUCUUAUAAAUGUUAAAUAUUGCUCUUGAAAGCUUCUUUGAUUGUUCAAAA